CCAGCCGCGCCUGCUUCCAGUCCCUGAGGGAAGCGGCGAGGGCGUGUGCGUGUCCGGCUCCUGCUGACCGUUGGCCCCUCAGCCGGUGCCCUCGCAGAGGUGUCCUCGUCGCCCCUCCUCCCCGGCUCUGGUAACAACACCCUAGCUCAGAGCCGGGGAGGGGAGGAGUCCUUCCGCAUAGCGCCCCCUGUGCUUCCAGCAAGCCUAGAGUCGGCCCGCCCCGAGGGGCGUGAGGGGGCGGGGCUGAGGACUUAGGACUCCGGCCCAUACACCGCCUCCUGCCGAGCCAGAGCAGGCAUCCCAGCCUGGUGUUGAGAGAGCCAUGACGGCGCUGCGGGGGCUCUGGCCCGAGAUGCAGGACACCUGUACCUCGCUGGGGCUGAUGCUGUCGAUCGUGCUGUUCAUGGGGCUGGCCCGCGUGGUCACCCGGCAGCAGCUGAACAGGCCCACUGCCCACGCCUUCGUCUUGGAGUUUCUGGCCACGUUCCAGCUCUGCUUCUGCACCCAUGAGCUGCAAGUGCUGAGCGAGCAGGAACCCCUGCACCCCACCUGGCCGCUGACGCUAACCUACUUCUUCUCGUUGGUGCAUGGCCUGACUCUGGUGGGCACCUCCAGCAACCCAUGCGGCGUGAUGAUGCAGAUGAUGCUGGGGGGAAUGACCGCUGAGACGGGUGCGAUGAGGCUGUUAGCUCAGCUGAUUGGUGCCCUGUGCAGCAGGUACUGCAUGGGCGCCCUGUGGAGCCUGGGACUGACCAAGUAUCACGUCAGCGAGAGGAGCUUCGCUUGCAGGAAUCCCAUCCAAGUGGACUUGACCAAAGCGGUCAUCAUAGAGGCCGUCUCCUCCUUUAUCUUCCACAGCGCUUUGCUGCACUUCCAGGAGGUCCGAACCAAGCUUCGUAUCCACCUGCUGUCAGCACUCAUCACCUUUUUGGUCUAUGCAGGAGGAAGUCUAACAGGAGCUGUAUUUAAUCCAGCUUUGGCACUUUCACUACAUUUCAAGUGUUUUGAUGAAGCAUUCCUUCAAUUUUUUAUAGUAUAUUGGCUGGCUCCUUCUUUAGGUAUAUUGCUGAUGAUUUUGAUGUUCAGUUUUUUCCUUCCAUGGCUGUAUAACAACCAUACAAUUAAUAAAAAGGAGUAA